UUUCUAUUGUCCUCGAACGAUGGAGCGUCUGGUGCCCACCGAGGUCAAGCGCGCGGUCGUCGCGCUGCAGCAGUUCCAGCAAAAGCAAGCGCCGCCGACCAAGAAGAAGCACAAGAAACACGCAGUCGUCAGCCUCAUCGUGACGCGCAAAAAAGUGCCGGCGACCGUGGCGUCCAAGCCGGUCCCGAUCGCGCUGCCGCACUCGCUGCGCCUCGACGGCGACGCAAUCUUGCUAGUCAAGGACAUUGACCUCAAACGCAUCAAGGACUCGCUGGCGAAGGAUCCUGUGCCGGGCGUCGCCAAGGUCAUGGGCCUCAAGCAGCUCAAGACGCAGCUCAAGGAACCCCGCGAGUUCCGAGCGCUUUACACGACCUUCCUCGCCGACGACCGCGUCCUCAAAGUCAUCAAAGCCACGCUCGGCAAGAAGUUCUUCGACGCGACGCCGCUCGUUGAGCUUGUGCCUGUGCUCGUGGCCAAGCGCGACGUCAGCGAGUACGUCCGGCGCGCGCUCGAUGGCACCACCAUGGUUCCGUCGCCCGGCCCAUGCAUCAACGUCAAGGUUGCGAUCGAUCUCAUGCCGGCCGAGGUCAUUAUGGAGAACAUUGCGGCCGCGACCGCCGUCAUCGUCGACAACAUUGGACGCAAGUGGAAGAACGUCAAGUCGAUUAGCAUCAAAACGACCGAGUCGAUCGCGCUGCCCAUCUACCACGCGCCGGUCGACGGCGUCAAGAAGCCCGAGACUGCUGCCAAGAAGCGCAAAUCGGAUGACAGCGCCAAGCCUGCGACGAAGAAGGUCAAGCGCGACUAAGAUUAUGUGUAAUAAAUAGGUCAACUAGAGCAGUUGUGUACGACG